UGAACAACCUAGGAGAGCCUUGGAAUAGGCGGUGAAGGGGUUAAUAGUUCACGCUACCCAACUACAUGUACAAUGUACAUAUUUUGUUAUGUUACUGGUGAACGCGUGUUAUCAGCAAUCUCUCCUGACAUUGAUCACUUCGCAGCAACAUCUGCCGUAAGGUACCUUAUCACAAGCCGGAACAGUUUUUGUGUGAGGCAGGCUAAGGGUUAAAAAUCCUUUUUUUUUUCCAGGAAGUGUUUUAUCUCAUUUCACGAAACGAUAAAUACCGGUAUUUAUUUGUAGUCUGUGCGAAGCGGCCUCCUUUCUUUCAGUUUGUACCCUGAUAGAGGACAGCCCGGAUGCUUUGUGAUAUGUCUUGUUACUUCAGGAUCUCGAUCUAGUGUGUUUCCCAAGACCUGACUGUUAUCCUGCAGUAGAACACUAACGACACGGCAGGGGGCAACUGGGUUAUUAGUCAUAUGACCCCCAUGGCCUCAACCCUUGAUAACCUGACCCAGCUGCUUGACCCUGACCUUUCUGACGUCGUGAAGGCGCUCAGACAUCGGUACUGUGAGCGGCAGUACUACACGGGCCUCGGCGAUGCUAUUAUUGCCGUGAACCCCAACAAGACCAAUGUCCAAGUGAUACCAGAGAACUCUCCUCAGGUAGGUCAACAGUACAGCAAAAGGAAACCGCCCAAGAGCCAGCUCCCACCCCAUGUGUACUCUCUAACCCACCAAGUCUACAAAGGCCUCACCAACGCCACAUCCACCGUACCUAGAAGUAUUCUUGUCGCCGGUGCUUCCGGUUCCGGUAAAACAGAAGUAUGCCAGAUGGUCUUGGCUCAAUUCUUCCGGGAGUCACAUGUCUCCAGAUCUGAUCCGCUCCCCCGACUGCUGAUGAAGGGUAUGUGGCUACUCAGUCGGCUCACAUCAGUGAAGGACAUCAAGAACAGCAACUCCAGCCUCUCAUCCCAGGUGGUGACCUUGUACUUUGGACGGGAUGGUACCUUGAAAACAGCCCAGUUCAGCUCUUACCUGUUCAACUCCCGUCAUGUGAUUCCACACGUAGUGGGCAGGGACCUACCCAACUGUCUGUAUGACGUCACUGCGGGACUUCGAGACAACCGAUCUGGUACUCCUGUACUAGACAGACUGGGUGUAAGACACAACGAAAUGAUCAACGCAGUGCUUCCGCGGAUGAACAGGGCAGAUUCCUUCCAUCAUAAGGAAAAGUGGAUGGAGCUCGUGGACACUCUGGAGCAUCUGGGUGUCGGGAAUGGACUCAACAGCGGUUCUGGUGAUCAAGACGGGGCACAAGGUGUUGUGGGUGUCUUGGUCGCCAUCGUUAUGCUCGUGUCCCUGAGGUUUGACGGCGACCCCCACACGCACAGACCUUCUGGUGCUGAUGUUGAGCUCAUGAACAUUGCUGCCUCGGCUCUAGGGGCCCCUCCCGGCGCUGUAGAACACGUGAUCAUGAGCGAAGUGCCCAAGUUUGUAUACGCCCCUGACAAGAGCCCCGCCCACCUUGCCCGGAAUCAGCUGGUCCAUGAGCUCUACGCCAGACUAGUCAAGUGGGUGGAGGCGGACCUAAAUGAAGCUAUGCCCCCUGUAGAGGAAGGCUAUCUAUCAGUUCGUGUAGUAGACUUGCCAACCUUCGAUGAUCGUCCAAGUGGAACCCUUGGGACGUUGUGUCAAAAUAUUGCCGCCGAACGGAUCCAGACGUUUCUGAACGAGGUGACCUUCCUUCAACAGAAGGAUGUCCUCAGGGAAGAGGGUAUGGCGGCGCCCCAGGUCAAGAGACAACCGUGUGAGGAUUUGACCGAGUUGGGUUUGGCGAUUCCCAGGGGGCUUCUUUAUGAACUGGCUGUGCAGGGACAGAACUCUGGAAUAACCGACAUAGCUCUGGUUGCCUCCCUUGACAAAAAGUUUGGAAACCAGAAAAAUAUUUACACAGGCUCCAAGAAGAUGGGGAAGUCAGUUUUUGCUCUCACCCACUCACAUUUCCAGGUGGCGUACACAGUGACCCCAGGGUUCCGCUUCGACAACCUGAUCGUGCCCAACCUUGAGUCCCAGAAGCUGCUCGCCACCUCCUCCAACUCCGUAGUGAGAGAAAUGUACACAGUCACACUAGACCAGUCAAUUGAAGAGGAGGCCGACAAACAUUUCCUGUUCACAACAUUCACAAGAGUAGAACUGAAUCGCUUGUUGUCUCAAGUCUACGGCACCAUCCCCCACCUAAUCAGGUGUGUCAGCCUGACCCGUUACAGUGAACCGCUUCAGAACGCUGACAUCACCUGCCAGCUCAGAGCUGCCUCCAUACCUGACGUCAUACGGCAGAAAAAGUUCAACUUCACCCACUCGUUCACCUUGUCCGAUUUCAUUUCAAGACUAGAAAAGUCUCCUGCCGAGGAAGAACAGGACCAGAUCUACGAGCACCUGGUAGACAAAACGAUGAUGAAAAUUACAGACUUGUCAGCGCGUGUCUGGGCCAAAGUGGUGGUGCUGGAGAGAGGGAGACAACUGGCGAAAGUUUACGCAUCAGAGUUAUCCCUCCUCGUCACUGGGUCUGCCGAGAGCUUUGAUGACAUUGAGUUCGGCCUGGGCAGAUAUUGUGGAAAUGUUUUCUCGCAGGAGACAAGCUGGUUGAUAGGACAGCUCAGACAGGGCAUUGAACUGAAGAGAGACUCCGACGGUACCUUACUGGCAAGGCGCCUGUCUCAACUGCCUGUCACAGUGAGAAAGUCUACCGAAGGUUAUCUAUCAGCAGACCUGGUCAGGAACAGGGGAGUGCUGCCCUUGGGCACUUUCGUAAAAAUUCUGGAUAUGACUGAAUUCCAAAGCCUGAUUCGACUUACUAUGAAGAAAGGGACUUUCACGCAGGAAAGUUUACGAAGCCUGUGUGUGGUGGGUCUUGAAAUAGGACGUUGUUCCCAUUCCAUUUCCAGCACACCUUUAUGUCUUGCUGUCGUGAGCAUCGCAGCUCUUCGACUGCUCAUGGACAAGAAAGAAAUCAAUUCUGUAUCCUUGAUGACGUCACGGCUUGCAAUGGAGCGAAGCGAUGAGAAAGACUUGCAAACAAUGCUGCAAGCGGACGCAAAAGCGAGACAUUGAAUCCAAGCAUCAACAUGGAUCAACUGUAUGAGAAGAUGAGGAGAGGAAGCCUAGAGGAUUCAGUCUAUUCUG